AUGGAUGCCCAGGGCCACAGACACACUGACAAGCCGGAACGAGAUGCUACUCUCUUGAGGCCGGAUCAGGCACACAUUGAAGAAGAACAGGACAAGGAGAUCCACGGUUGCAGUUCACACACUAAGAUUGGCACUAUGGAUUCAUAUUCAGAUACCUCUGAUGUUGAGCGCGAUGCCGGCAUAUCGAGGUUCCCAACACAACAAGACCAUUUAGGUAGCGAUCUCCAGCCGAACUCUACAGAAAUUGAGCGCAUACAAACGCAGAAGAGCCAGCACUCCCAGACCGUAGGUUGUACCUUCGGUGCAAACAAACCCUAUCCACCCCAACUUAUCGACCAGGAGGCGUACGUCGUGGGAUUCGAUGGCCCUGAUGAUCCGCUGCACGCCCAAAAUUGGCCUUUCGUGGACAAAUUGAUUAUAGCUACCAUGCUGGGCUUCACCACCUUUACAGCUUCGUUUGGCAGUGCAAUUUUCAGUACGACGAUACCCCAUCUUCAAGCAAGGUUUCAUGUGGGCUCUGUGGUGGCUACUCUGGGUACAUCGUUGUACGUGCUUGGGUUUGCCACGGGUCCGAUUCUAUGGGCACCUUACUCUGAGCUCAAGGGUAGACGGUCUCCGCUUGUGUUUGCAUCGUUUGGGUUUGCCAUCUUCAACCUUGCGGUUGCCGUGGCCAAGGAUGUGCAGACGGUGAUGAUUUGUCGGUUUUUUGGCGGCUUCUUUGGUGCUUGCCCACUCACUUGCGUUGCGGCUGUCUUCUCAGAUAUGUUCAAUAACCGGUCACGCGGAAACGCCAUUACUAUCUUCGCCAUGGCUGUAUUUUGCGGUCCACUCUUCGCUCCUUUCAUUGGCGGCUUUAUUGUAAAGUCGAAGCUUGGCUGGCGAUGGACUGAGUACAUAACCGCCAUCCUGGGCUUCGUCUGCCUUGGUCUCAACGUCAUCUUCCUCCGCGAAACUUACGCGCCCCAAAUCCUCGUCGAAAAAGCCGCCACCCUCCGCCGUGCCACCAAAAACUGGGCAAUCCAUGCAAAACAAGACGAAAUCGAAAUCGACUUCGGCGAGCUUCUCGAGAAGAAUUUCUCACGUCCCCUCCGCAUGCUCGUCACCGAACGUAUCGUCUUACUUAUCACAAUUUACAUGUCCUUCAUCUACGGAAUCCUUUACCUCUUCCUCACCGCAUACCCCCUAGUCUUCCAGCGCGUCCAUGGCAUGAAUCCCGGCGUGGGUGGACUCCCAUACUUUGGCCUAAUCUCGGGUCAGCUACUCGCUGGAUUGGUCAUAUUCCUCCGCCAACCUGCGUACGAGCGCAAACUGGCGGCGAACGACAAUGUCAAUGUUCCCGAGUGGCGACUCCCCGAUGUCAUUGCUGGCGGCAUUUGUUUCGCGGCGGGCAUGUUUUGGUUUGGGUGGACAGGGUACAAGGCUGAUAUUCAUUGGAUUGUACCUACUCUGAGUGGACUCUUACUGGGUUUUGGGUUGUUGGCGAUCUUCUUGCCAUUGUUCAAUUAUUUGAUUGAUAGUUAUUUGAUGUUUGCCGCAUCGGCUAUUGCUGCGAACACCUUCUUGCGCAGUCUGGCAGGCGCUGCCUUCCCGCUCUUUGCACGCCAGAUGUUCGAGGGCAUGGGUAUCGAGUGGGCGUCUACACUGUUAGGGUGUUUGGCUGUUGUCAUGGUUCCUGUGCCGGUUUGGUUUUACCUCCAGGGCGAGAAGAUUAGGAGGAAGAGUGUGUAUGCGCAAACGCGGUAG